AUGAAGUGUGAUGUACGGAUGACAAUGCCUAAAAGUACAGAAAUAAGGCGCUUUGGAACGAAAUGCUCAAGGUGUGGUCAAGGAAUAUCACCCACGGAUUUGGUGCGACGGGCUCGAACAAACGUGUUUCACCUGUCCUGCUUUACGUGCUUGGUGUGUCAAAAACAGCCAUCAACAGGGGAAGAACUGUACAUACUGGACGACAACCGUUUUAUAUGUAAAGAUGAUUACCUCCACAACCGCUACAGACAACGCUCAAAACGACGUGGUCCGAGAACUACCAUUAAAGCCAAGCAGUUGGAAAUGCUGAAAGCGGCUUUUGCUGCCACGCCCAAACCAACUCGCCACACUAGAGAGCAACUAGCACAAGAAACUGGAUUAAAUAUGCGAGUUAUACAGGUUUGGUUUCAAAACCGACGUUCAAAAGAAAGGAGGAUGAAAGAACUAAGCCAUUUAGGGACUCGCCGACAUUGUUUUCGCGGAGCAAGGCGCGCUAUGAGAUCUCUACGUUCAGGACUCAACUCGGACAGAGAUGAUAACUCCGAGAUGGCGUGCCCUAACACUAGCCAUGGGUAUUUUUCUGAUACAGUUAGUCCUUAUAAUUUCCCUUGUGGAGUUCAACGACUUUACGAUUAUUAUCCUGGUCACCAGUCACCAGAGGGCCUAACGUUCUCACCAGGAGCCAUGGCAACUCUUUCAAGAUCAGGAGAAAAUCUAGAACAAUUGUCAAGGAUGGUAACAACCACAGACCCAGGUCAUAUCAGUCUUCUCGCUGAUGUUCCACAUCUUCAUUUAGACAGCGAUCAGACACGGCAUCGAUCAAAUUCAACCACGGAACUCUGUCUUUUACCUGGGGUCUUGCCAGAUGGCUACUGUCUGUCUAGGUCCUCUGUUGACAGCAUAAGUCAUAGAGAAGUAUCUCAUCUUGCCUUUAGUGAAACGCCU